CACAAGAUCUCGACUCGCCCCACGCCCACCCUUUCAUCGCCUCCGGGGUCUUUGCUGGGGAUUCUUCCGAGUCCAUCCUCUUCUCCUCGCUCCCCAUCUACCUUUCCUUGUCAAAGAUCUCCGUUUUGAGGGUUUGACAUGGCGGACAACGAGAAAAAGGAAGAGGGAACUUCUUCUCGUGGGGUUGACUGGGAAGUCGUGUCUCUCACAGCAUCUGCCUAUGCUGCAUCACCUGGUCCAGAAUUUGACCCUACUGAUGAAAGUAGAGAGAUAGGCGUAACCGAACGCGAGUCUUCUGCAGCGUUAUUCAUGUCUGGUCAUUUUGUGUUUCCACCCAGUGAACAUGAGAAUCUCCCAAUAGAACCCAAUGUAAGCGAGAUCCAUAUCAAGCCGGAGAGGCAUAAUGUGAGUUCUGCAGUGGUAGAUGUUGGUAAUGAUGGAGUUGAUAAUUCUGAUAAAGAAAAGAUGCAGAUUGUAUUAGAUGAUGACCUACAUGCCGUCAAGUUUUUUGAUGAAGGGAGUAGAAUUGCUGUUCGUGAUAUGGGAUUUGAAGACAGCAAUAGAUCUCAACGACAAAAUUUGGUUGGAAUGGAGCAAGAUAUAUAUGCUGAUCCUGAUGUCGCUAUUCGCUCCGAAGAAUGUGAGGGUGGCAGAAAAUUUGACGGUGAAGAAGCUUUCGAUGUGCAUAUGGAUUCUCCUCGAGAUCAUACAGAACCAGAUGAAGACGAAUUUGAUGGAUCCAACCUUCCCUGCCAAUCGUGGUGGAAGAGGCAUGCAGUAUCAUUGUAUCGCCAGGCAAAGGAGGCAGAUACCUUUUGGUCAGUGGUUGUAGCUGCGGCUGUUGUGGGAAUCAUUGUUCUGGGGCAUCGAUGGCAGCGAAACAAAUGGCAGCUUCAUCAAAUUAAAUGGAGGUUUAGCAUCAACGACGGGAGGAUGAUGAAAAUGCUGAGACCGAUUGGCCGGUAUAAGGAUGUUCUAGUUGGCGCCGCCAGCGGGGCUCGCUGAUACACUGAGUUGACACGUCGGCCCAGCUCUCAAGUUGAUGAUGAUGACGAAUAAAAAAGAAAGCAUAUCUUGCAUAUGAGAUGUACUACUGGGAAGUGACUUGUUCAAGUGCCACUAUGACUUGGAAGUUUAAAAGUUGUAGCAUAUUCUGGUCAACUUCUACUUCAUGGAUUUGUUUAAUAUGAUUUACAUUCAAAAUCUAUGAGGUUUAAAUUUCAUUCAGUUAAUGUGCAUGGGAGCAUUUUUGCUCACAGCAGAUCAUUGUAUUUGAGACAUGAGUAUUUUAUUUACAUUUGCUCAUUUAGUCAAC